AUGAUGAAGCAGACGUGUGAUGGGGACGUGAGGACUCCACUUUGGACCAGAAGUCAGAAGAGCAGAGCAUCCUUUCACACACCCAAAGAGAGGGUGGACCUUUCCAAAGAUAUCCAGCACUGGGAGUCCCUGAAGCCUGAGGAGAAGUACUUCAUUUCUCACGUCCUCGCCUUCUUUGCUGCCAGUGAUGGCAUCGUCAACGAAAACUUGGUAAUACAAAUCACAGAAGCUCGUUGUUUCUAUGGCUUCCAGAUUGCCAUGGAAAAUAUACAUUCAGAAAUGUACAGUCUUCUUAUUGACACCUACAUUAAAGAUUCUAAAGAGAGGGAAUUUCUUUUUAAUGCUAUUGAAACGUUACCAUGUGUUAAAAAGAAAGCUGACUGGGCCAUGCGCUGGAUUGGGGACAAGAAAGCAACAUAUGGAGAACGUGUAGUAGCUUUUGCAGCAGUGGAAGGAAUCUUCUUUUCUGGCUCUUUUGCAUCAAUUUUUUGGCUGAAGAAAAGAGGAUUAAUGCCUGGACUCACUUUUUCUAACGAGCUCAUCAGUAGAGAUGAGGGCUUGCACUGUGAUUUUGCCUGCCUCAUGUUCAAGCACUUGAUACGCAAACCAUCAGAGCAGAGAGUAAAGGAAAUCAUCAUGAAUGCUGUUCUCAUAGAACAGGAAUUCUUGACGGAGGCACUGCCUGUAAAGCUAAUUGGCAUGAACUGCACUUUAAUGAAACAGUACAUAGAGUUUGUAGCAGACCGGCUUAUGUUGGAACUGGGAUUUAACAAGAUAUACAAAGCGGAGAAUCCUUUUGACUUCAUGGAAAACAUCUCUCUGGAAGGCAAGACCAAUUUCUUUGAGAAGCGAGUAGGUGAAUAUCAGAGGAUGGGAGUCAUGUCAAAGGCCACAGACAACUCUUUCACCCUGGAUGCGGAAUUUUAA